CAAUGGUCAAGACCAGAGCGGCGGCGACGCCUCGCCCCUCCGCCGCCGGCGCGGUGGCCACCGCCACCGGGAAGAUCUCCUUCCGCUCCCGCAAAAUCGUCAAGAGCACGUCCGCCAAGGCGAAGCCUCUCGCCACUACACCCGUACCAUCGCCGCUCCCGCCCGUGCUGCCGGCACUGUCCUCGCCGGGGGAGCUCGCGGCGGCGCUCUCCCACCUCCACUCCGCCGACCCGCUCCUAUCCGCGGUAAUCGCCUCCACCAGCGCCCCCACCUUCAUCUCAUCUCCUUCCCUCCCCGCCUUCCACUCCCUCGCGCACUCCAUCCUCCACCAGCAGCUCGCUCCCUCCGCCGCCGCCGCAAUCUACGCCCGCUUCCUCGCCCUCCUCCCCUCUGCCGCCGCUGGCACCGACGCUGCGGUGGUCAAUCCCGCCUCGGUGCUCGCCCUCUCCGCCGCCGACCUCCGCGCCAUUGGCGUCUCUGCCCGCAAGGCGGCCUAUCUCCAGGACCUCGCCGGCAGGUUCGCGGCCGGGGAGCUCUCCGACUCCGCCGUGGCCGCAAUGGACGAAGCGGCGCUCCUCGCGGAGCUCACCAAGGUGAAGGGCGUCGGCGAGUGGACGGUCCACAUGUUCAUGAUCUUCUCGCUGCACCGCCCCGAUGUGCUGCCAUCCGGCGACCUCGGCGUGCGCAAGGGCGUGCAGGAGCUGUACAAGCUGCCGGCUCUGCCCAAGCCGGAGGAGAUGGCGGCGCUGUGCGAGCGAUGGAGGCCGUACCGGUCGGUCGGAGCGUGGUACAUGUGGCGCCUCAUGCAGAGCAAGGGCGCUGCAGCCAAAAAGGCAAAGGGCAAUGCCAUUGCUGUCGAGUAGCUAGGUAUGUAAUUUAUCAUGUAUUAUGUCAUAGUCGUCUCUAUUUUGUUGUCCCCACGCUGUCAAAUUUAGAUGACAGCGUGGUAAAUCCUACCCGGAUUAGUGUAAUGCUGUGUGACUAUGCUCACGCUAUUGUUCUUGCAAAGUUGCAGUUGAAAUUCUGAAUAAGUUCGAACUGAAUGAAACUUCUGUUUGAUAUGAGCAACAUAGUUGAAAUGCAUCCUGACCUGAUAAUUUGUUAAGAAAGCCAGUUUUGUGUUACAAAUUAUAAAUGAUGUUGAUAUUGCCGUCUCCUGAAGUCCUGAUACUUGUGAACAAGAUGAGAGUUUUGUGGUCAGAAAUAUAUGUGAUAUCGUUGUCUUCAAAGGUCAGUGGAUGUAAACCCUUGUUCGCUCAUUAUAGUAGUUGUAUUUAC